AUGUAUCUAUAUUCACUUACACUUAACUAAGCAACAGCAAUUAACAACUCUGUCUACGGCAACUUUUCAGGACCCAAGCAGCAUGAGAUAGUUGUAUCUAAGGGCAAAAUACUAGAAAUGAUGAGACUUGAUGUUGAUAGUCAAAAAAUGUAGCUUGUCUACCGCCAAGAGGUGUUCGGGCUAAUAAGGAAAAUGAUUCCUUUCAGACUCCUUGGAAUGCAAAAGGACUUUUUGGUGAUUGGCUCUGACUCUGGAAGAAUUGUAAUUUUGGAAUAUGACUCAGAGCACAAUAAAUUCGUCAAAAUUCAUUAAGAGACUUUCGGUAAAACUGGAUGUAGAAGAAUAGUUCCUGGCGAAUAUUUAGCUGCUGACCCGAAAGGUAGAGCCAUAAUGAUAGGAGCAGUUGAGAAGUAAAAGUACGUUUAUAUUCUGAACAGAGACUCUUAAAACAAGCUAACUAUCUCAAGUCCUUUAGAAGCUCACAAGCCUCAUACAAUUACAUUUGCUAUGUGCGGAGUUGAUGUCGGAAUCGAGAAUCCCUAGUUUGCAUGUUUGGAAGUAGACUAUGGCGAGUCUGAUAGUACUUACAGUGCUGUGGUAACUGGAUAGCACUAAAAAAUGUUGGUAUUUUAUGAAAUGGAUCUCGGUCUCAAUCACGUAGUUAGAAAAUAUUCAACUCCUGUAGAAAAUUCAGCACAUUUGCUCAUUCAAGUGCCAGGUGAACCUUAUGGGCCAAGUGGUAUUAUUGUGGUAUGUGAAAAUAUGGUUUGCUAUAAGAAGGUUGAUCACGAUGACAGAGAAUGCUCCAUCCCUAUCAGAUAUGAUCAGGUAGAGGAAAGAGGUACAUUCUUUACUUGCAAUACAACACACACAUCAAAAGAUCUCUUCUUUUUCUUGCUUUGCAGCGAGUAUGGCGACAUCUUCAAAGUUAAUCUAGAUUUUACAAAUGGCCAGGUACAUGGAAUGAGUGUAUAAUAUUUCGAUACCACUACUCCAAAUGUUUGCAUUAAUAUACUUAGACCUGGAUUCCUAUUUUGUGCCUCUGAGUUUGCUAAUCACGUUCUAUACAUGUUCCUUGAUAUAGGUGAGAAUGAUCCAAAUAAAAUUGUAACUUACUCUGCAGAUAAGCGUAGCAAAGUAGUCAAUUACAAUCCGAGAGCAUUGUUAAACUUGCAAGCAGUGGAUGAAUUCUAAAAUUUAGCCUCAAUAAAUGAUAUGAAAGUUGAAGAUCUGACUGGAGAAGGUAAUCCUUAAAUAUAUCUUGCCUGCGGUAGAGGAGCCUAAGGAUGCCUUAGAGUUCUUAGACACGGUUUGACAGUUGUUGAAAUGGCAGUAACUGGAAUGCCAUAAAAACCAAUAAACGUAAUGACAGUAAAAGGAAAAAUUGACGAUAUAUAUGACAAGUACAUGAUUGUGUCAUUCUAAUAGCAAACACUGGUAUUAAGCAUUGGAUAAGAAAAAGUUACAGAGGUAAAAGAUUCAGGCUUGACUGAUGAAGAAAGCACGCUACAUGUGGGCAUUCUACAAGACAAUUCAUAUGUUUAAAUAACGCCAAAAAGUAUCAUUCAUAUUAAGGGAGAUCCUAGCAAUCGUAAAAGAGCAAAGUGGGACAGCGAAAAGGGAAAAAUCAUCAAAGCUUGCUCAAAUCAGCGAUAAGUAGUCAUUUCAAUUUAAGGAGGACAGAUAGUUUAUUUUGAGCUUGAUGAUAUGUCAGACACCUUAGUUGAAAUUGAAUCAAGAUUCUUUGACUCUGAGAUUGCCUGCAUUGAUAUUGCUGAAGUUCCUGAAGGAAGACAAAGAUGUAGAUUUUUAGCUGUUGGAUUUGUUGACAAAACAGUUAAGAUAAUGUCCUUAGAUCCUGAGUCAUGUCUUUAAAGAAUUUCGAUGCAAGCACUUCCAGCACUACCUGAAUCGGUAGCACUCAUUAACUUCAAGAAAAAUGAAGUUACUUAAUAGCAGCAGCAACUAUUUUUGCAUGUUGGUUUGGUUAAUGGAGUACUGCUUAGAACACUAGUCGAUAACGUAACAGGUGUACUUUCUGAUUCAAGAACUCGCUUUUUGGGAACGAAUUCAAUUUAACUAGCCAAGGUGAAAUAAGCUAAUAAUAAUGCGCUAAUAGCACUCUGUAAUAAGCCAUGGCUCUGUUAUUCUCACAUGAGCUCCAACAAAGUAAAUAUCACUCCUUUAAGUUACGAGCACCUUGAGGUCGCUUCUUCAUUUUGCAGCGAGAAAAAUCCUGAUGGUGGCAUCGUAGCUAUCAGUGGAAACACUUUGAGAAUUAUCUCAGUUGAUAGAUUAGGUGAGAAUUUUACUAAUAAGGUCAUGCCUUUGAGAUACACACCUUCUAAGAUCCAGAUUCACAGAGAAACUAACUAUCUAGUCAUAUUAGAAAAGGACCACAACAGUUUAACCUAUAGUUAAAGAUUAAGACAGAAAGAAGAGAUAGCUGAAAAAUCAAACGAUCAAGAGUAUUUGAAUUUGGAUGACUCAAAGAUAAGCUAUCCUAGAACUGGUUAAAAUAAGUUUGCUAGUUGCAUUAGAAUAGUCGACCCCUUCUUGCUUUAAACUUUGGAGUUGAUUGAAUUUGAAAAUAACGAAGUUGUGUUUUCCCAUUUUAUCGCAACUACUCUUGGAAAUCCAGGAGAGACUCACUUGAUUUUAGGAACUGCAAUGAAUGUUACAUUCUAGCCAAGAUCUUGCUCUCUUGGAUUCAUCAAAACCUACAAGUUUGUCAAUAAUGGCCAGCAACUUCAGCUUUUACAUUCAACUCCAUGUGAAGAUAUUCCAAUGGCUUUCAAUGAGUACAAAGGUAGACUUAUUGCUGGAGUGGGAUCAAUCCUUAGAGUUUAUGAAUUAGGUCAAAAGAAGCUAUUAAGAAAAGUUGAAAAUAAGAACUUCUAGGCUGCAAUUAUCUAGAUAUAAGUAGAUGAGGGCAGAAUUUAUGCAGGUGAUUUGCAGGAGAGUGUUCAUGUUCUGAAGUAUAAACCAGAGGACAUUCAGCUUUAUACAUUUGCUGAUGAUGUACUAAACAGAUGGCUAACUUCAUUCUGUCUUUUGGAUCAUGAUACUCUAGCAGGUGUUGAUAAAUUCGAGAACAUUUUCAUAAACAGAUUACCACUUGGCUGUGAGGAUGACGCUGAAGAUGAUCCAACUGCAACUAAGUUUAAGUGGGAAAAUGGCUACUUGAAUGGAGCUGCUUUCAAGAUGGAUCCAGUUUGCUAAUUUUACAUUGGAGAAGUUGGAACCUGCAUUCAAAAGUGCUCUUUAAAUACCUUAUCAGGAACCAACUCUGAAAUUAUCCUUUAUGGAACUACAAGUGGUUCGUUAGGAGCACUAUUACCAUUUGAAACAAAGGAAGAAAUUGACUUUUUUGUUCACUUAGAAAUGUAUUUGAGAAUCGAAGCAUAACCACUUUGUGGAAGAGAUCAUGUGACAUUCAGAAGCUCGUAUGUACCUGUGAAAGAUGUGGUGGAUGGAGAUUUAUGCGAGUAAUAUGCCUCUUUAGAGUUCAAUAAGCAAAGAGUACUUGCAGAAGAGAUGGAUAGAACACCUCCAGAAGUAAUGAAGAAACUAGAAAAUAUGAGAAACAAGAUCUUAUGA